AUGUGCGCACACCGGUACUAUCCGAUCCAAGGAAUCAAGGACGGCCUGUCCCCUGAUGGGCAAGUGCCCAUCCGGCGAGAGAUCAAUGAAUGGAUUGAAAGCAAGGACCAAGCAGACAGGGAUCAGGUGGUUCUGUUUGUCCUGGCGCUGGACUACUUUCAGCAGAUGGACCCGAAGGAUAGGGACUCGUAUUUCCAGAUCGCAGGUAUUCAUGGCAUGCCGUACAAGUCCUGGGAUGAACCGGAGGCUACAGUCGAUGAGGUCCAUGGGAAGGGAUACUGUGUGCAUGCCAAUUGUCUGUUCCCGCUAUGGCAUCGGCCGUAUCUCCUCCUCUAUGAGCAAAGGAUUUAUGAGAUCAUAGUCGGAGAAAUUAUCCCAAAGAUGCAAGCCAGCAAAACCAAGAAGGAUGAGCUGCGGAAAGCUGCCAGCACUUGGAGACUCCCGUACUGGGACUGGGCGAAGAACCCCACAAUACCAAAGCUCUUGGAUCGGGAGACGCUCAAUAUGAAAGUGCUCGGCAAGUCAAUGGCCAAGGAUAACCCACUCUUCAAGUUCCGCAUGCCGCAGCAGCAGAAGAUGGCGGAUUUUGGUGUGGGUUCCCUGAAAUGGUGGGAGUUUCCCGAACCCCUACGCUACGGCGAGUGUCUCGCGACCAGCCGAUGCCCGACGAACAAAGAGCGGACUGACAGCAAAUCCUGGGCAAAUGGUGUUGUAAACACCAAAACAGCCAACGAAUUCUUGAACAAGCAGCCGUCAAUUACAGGCUUCGAGUACGGCGAGGCCACUGAGCUGGUGUAUAGACUGCUGACCUAUCCGAUGAACUUUGUGAGCUUUGCAACCACUGCCCGCGACGCCAGCGAAGACUCCUCCAGCAAGACCAAAGUGACCAACGAUAUGAAUCUCGAAUUCAUCCAUAAUAACAUCCACUAUUGGGUCGGCGGGGACGGAGGCCACAUGUCGCAGAUCCCCGUGGCGACAUUCGACCCUGUCUUCUGGUUCCAUCACUGGCAAGUGCACAACCUGGACCGGCUGUAUGCAAUCUGGCAGACUCUGCAUCCCGAGGAGUGGUUCAAAGCAGACACCACUCGAAUCUUCAAUCAAGAGACCAUCGGAAUGGGCAAGAUCAUCACCAACAAAACCGCAUUCCGGCCCUUUCACAAGGACGAGGCUGGCACACUCUGGACCCCUAAUGACGCCCGCGAUUGGUUCAAGCUAGGGUACACGUAUCCGGAGCUCAAGCGCUGGGAUUACGCCACAGACCAGGAUCAAACACUGGCUCUCCACGAGUAUAUCAACAACAGUUAUGGUGUGACGCGGCGCCAGGCGCUUGGGAUCGCAAAGUCUGAUGCACCGAUUGACGGCAUAAUCGCGACGGUGGAUGGCGUCAAGACUAAAGACUACGCUGUUAGUAUUCGAUAUGCCAAAUUCGCCAUGGGGGGAAACCCUUUCAAUCUCAAAGUCUACCUCCUGCCAAAGGGCGAGACACAGAAAACAUUCGCAGAUGCUCAUUUUGUGACCAACGUCUACAACUUCAGCCAGCCGGCCACGCAAAACGGCGAAACGGUCUGUUCCAAUUGCGCUGAUCUAGAGGCGCAAAAUGUCCAGGUGACGGCCUACAUCCCACUGACUACGUUCCUGAUCAAGAAGAUUCAGCAGCAGCAAUUGCAGAGCCUGGAACCUGUUCACGUCGAGGAUUUACUAAACGGGCGGCUCUACUGGGAGGUGGACAUGAUGGGGACACAAAUCCCCGAAGAAAGAUGGAAGGACAAGUUGAAUCUGGAUGUCCAGGUUUCAGUCACGGAGAUGUCCUACGCUGAAGAUCCCAAGGCUCCAGCAGACUUUCAGGAGCCCGAGAUCAUCCCCACCCUUGGCACUGAGGCUGACAGGGCUCCUGAGCCAGGAAGUGCCGCUGAUAUCAAUCAAUCAGUGAACGAUACCGUCAAGGAUAACGGCCUUGGAGACUUCUUCCCUCCCGGCGACACGUACCCCGAAGAAGUGGCCAAGAAGGCUGCUGAGUUGAAAAACGACCCAAACAACCCUUUGAAGUCGCCCGAACAACUGAAAGACCUUGCGACACUGGCUCUGUACCAGCCUGUUAUCUACUGCGACGACAGCGGAUCGAUGAGCGACACGGGCCCCUGGCGCAACACUGAACAGCGCUGGGCAAAGCAGAGAGAACUCGUCACACGCAUGACGAGCAUCACCAACCGCGCUGUCCCCAACAACCAGCGGAAAGGCGUCCAUCUCCGCAUGAUCAACCAACACUUGUCCAACGCCGACAAUCUGGACAGCGACGCCGUCGCACGCAUUAUAUCCAACAUGUAUCCGCACCCUUACCACUCCACCCCCAUCGGGACAAACCUCAAGCAAAAGGUCCUCGACCCACUCGUCUACUCCGUCAUCAAGUCUGGCAGGAAGUUGGAACGCCCGUAUCUUAUCCUCAUUCUUACCGAUGGGUGCCCCUGGAUGGAGCCUGAAGAUGCCUUUCGCAAUGCGAUUGUCGAUUGUGCGAGGUUCUUGGAUAGGAAUGGGUAUCGGAAGGAUGCCGUCCGUUUCUGUCUCAGUACAAUCGGAACGCAUGAAGACGCUGAAUGGUUCCUGGACAGUUUCGACACGGACAGGCAGGCGUUGGAGGUACUGCAUCGGACUGCAGGACACAUUGACCAGAGAUACGACCAGCUCAGACAGAACGAGAAAGAGCUCGAGAGUUGGUUGUUAUCGAUGCUUAUGAGUCCCGUGCAGCUGUUGAAAGCGGGCUAA